UUCAACCAAUUCAUUCCACACAAACACAUUUCAGUUUCCAGGCUGGUCUGGUUAAACAAAUUUUCUUAUAUAAGGCUGCAAAUAGUGUUACAAGUUUACAAAGGUUAUGUACUUGGCAAAAAGUUUGACCUUGUCAGAGCCAGUUAGAUAAACAUGUACAAUAUAGCGGAGCACAAUGGUGCAUAUUUUAAGAAAUUAUAAAAUAUUGGAAUUUGUACUCCCAAUGACCUCAAGUGCGCGUACAAUAAAAAAUUCAUAAUAAAUUCACACCUGCCACGCGGUUUUUCAUACGUAUUUAGUUGUAAAAAUUCUGCACGAAGUAUUCACAGUGUAUCGAGUAUAAAUUAUUAUUUCUAAUUUAUUUGGUAAUCAAACUAAAAAUCUUGAUAAUUUCGAGACUCUAUUUCUGAAAACAAGAUUCCUUUGACACAAAUUUCUCCCAACAAUGUCCACACGUGGAGAAAACUAUCAUAACUUGUCAAGCCAUCAAGUCCUAACUAAUCCAAUACUUCUACGCAUCAUCUUUCAAAAUUGCUUAUUCUCUGGGAAACAUCUCCGUCUCGUGUGCCAAUUAUGGAACAAUGUCCUCCUGUCACUCCCAGAAUCCAAAUUGUAUCUCUGUCGGGAGCCCGUGGAACACGGCCGGACUGAAAAUUACCAUUACGACGACUCGCCCAAUUUCCAACUCCUCUGUCUCACCAUGGAGUCUCGACUCGCGAGAAGCAUCGUGUUCAACGAAGACAUCCACAUCCAGCGAAACGUUCCAAAUUCAUACGUCCCACUAACCGCCACUGCCUCGAAAUUUAUCCACUUUUGCGACAAGUUUAGCAAACAUAUUGAGCGAAUUAGAAUCGCUCCUGUCAGAAACUUGGAAAUUUUUCCAAAUCAGGAAUACGUCUUGUUCUCAACCUUAUCCAGGUGUUGUCCCAACUUGAAAUCGAUCUAUUUAAACUUGGAAACUUUCGAGAAGCAUUGUUCUCUUGGGAGUAAGAGGUCAACUUCACCUCAAUUUUUAGGCUGUCAACCCCUUCACCGUCCCAACUUGACCAACAUCACUGUAAUGUGUGACCCAUACGUCAAAAAUCCUUGCGCCCUGACACAACUUCUGGUUUCGUCUGCGCCAAAUUUGGCAAAUCUUUUCUUAUCGUGCAAUAACUUCCCGGCCUUGGACACCUGUAAGAGCUUGCAAUCAUUGGAAAUUUAUUGUCACAACGGUAUUGCGAGGACAUUGGUGAAUUUUGUCCAACUGGAAAUGAUGUUGUCACACGUUGCCCCGAACCUUGUGUCGCUCUCCUUUACGAGACCAGAAUGCAGUGACGACUUCUCGGAUAACUUUUGCUACUCGACAGGAAUUUCGUCUUUGAAGAAAAAUUCCUUUAAAAUACCACGGAUGCCGAACCUUGUAGAAUUUAGGAACGAAUUGAUCGAUGUUUUUCCAUGUGGAGAGAGUCUGGAAGACAUUUCUGCCAUGCGCAUGCCGUCCCUGAAAAAGCUAACGUUUCAUAACAGCCACGUGGAAGAGAGAGACAAGUGCGUGGACGAUCUCCUGGCAAAUGUGGUCACUCGGAAGGAUUAUUUUUCAUGGGAGGGGAUAGGAGUUACCAAUUUGAAGACGUCGGAGAUUAGAAAUCCGAAAUAUAUAUCAAUGCUAAAAACGCCAUUUCCACAUUUGACAAAGUUGGUGGUGGAUUCUGACAGAUUAAAGUUUGAAGAAACGAUGCAAGCUUGUGCAUCGUUGGGAUUAGUGCAGCUAAAAUUAAGUAUUCAACAUGCAGAUAAAUUGUCAGAUUUGAUCCGAAUUUUUGCAAAUAAUUCUACUACAUUGUUUAGAAGUCUGAAAAUAUUGAAGUUAUCCUGCCCAAUGUGCUGUGUAGAAACGAUGGAUGACUUGAACGCUGAUGGAUUGGCCCGACUCAAACAAAUUCUGAUAAUCAUGGCUACCAUACCUGUGGUAAAAGUUAGUCAUAUAAACUUUUCAGAGAAAACAAAACGGAGGAUCCAACUUUGGAGGAAUAUCGAAAAUAUUCCAGUUUUUUGUGACGGAGAAACUUUAAAAGUUAAGAAGACUUCAGCAAUCCGGAAAUGAUGUACAUAGUUUUUCAUUUCAGGGCGAUGCGCUUUUACAUUCCAAAUUUUUUAUGAUAAUCAUUAAAUUAAAGAUAUUGUUUGUGUUCAUAAUUUCGAGACGAAAUUGUAUUUUAUUUCCAUUUUUAAUUAGGAAAGUUUCAUUAAAACUACGUACACUACAAAUUACGUACAUAAGUAUGUAGGUAUACACACAUUUAGACAAAAAACACAUUGAUGUAGCUAUGUUGUAAAUAUUGGGAGUUAAUCCAGCACACGGAAACAUUUUAAAAUUAUACCUAAACUAUCCGUAUUCAAUAUUCGAUUGAUAAAGCUCAUUCGAAAAUAAAAUAUUUAUACCUGCGUAUAUUUUCUAAUCUAAAUAGACAUCAUAGUAGUAUUAGUAAAUUAAAUAGUCACAAUCAAGUCAAUAGUUAACUCUAUUUAUCGAUCCAU